CCCUGCUACAGAGGAGAAACUGAGUUAGCUGUGUUGUCUGCUAAGUGAUGUUUUCUUUUCACAUUACACAUUUAUAGCAUGACAGCUAUCGCAAGCUGUCACGCUAAAUCAACGAAAUCAAAAAAAGCUCGGACCAUUUGACUAGUUUUACUUUAUGCUAGCGUGAUUUAGUACGAUUUAACUCCAGAAUUUCGCAGAAUUUACUCCCUGGUCCAAUACAAGCGAGAUAGACUGGUUCAGCUUCAUUCAUGUCAAUGGAUACUCGGGACAGUACGAAGCUCCAUCCUCCACCACCCAGUGGAGUGGUAUCUGACAACCUCUCCCAGUCAUCCUAUCAAGAUUAUCCAGCUCACCGUCCCCUAAUCAACAAAUUUCUGCAUCACACUCCCCGACAACACACACAUCAGUCAUGUCGCACAUUAUCACCCAGCAAGGCCUUCCCAGAAACCAGCAGUGCAGCAAUCUUAUCUGCCUUGAGGAAUCUCCAGAAAAAGAUCAGGAGUUUGGAGUUGGACAAAGGACACACAGAAUCUGUAUUCAGAGACACACCAUACACACAACUACAGAGUGACAAAGUCACACAGGCAUCCUUAAGUAAUCAAACAGACAGAGGGAGAGAGAUGAGUGAUCCCUCCAACUGUAACCAAGUGUUGAUCACCCACCUUGCUGCUGCAGAGUCUCGCUGUGUGAGACUGGAACGACAGCUGGAACACAUGAAAAGGAUGUUGCACAAUGUCAAGGCAGACAAGACCAACCUGGUCAAACAGCAGGUUUCCAUGGAUACAGCAGAAAAAGCCCAUCAACAGCCUGACACAGUGUCCGAGCAUAUCCACCUGGAGAAGCUGGAGCGACUUGAACAGGAGUAUCUCCGGCUCACACGCACACAGAAAAACACUGAGAUAAAGAUGCGUGAGCUGGAGAUGAAACUGCAGGAGGAGGAGCAUCAGAGAAAGCUGAUCCAGGAUAAAGCCAUUCAGCUACAGACAGGUUUGGAGGCCAAUAGGAUCCUGCUGCGGUCAGUGUCGCCCUGUAUGACCACUAGACAGGCCAAAGAGAAGAGGUCCAGUUCCCAGAAGUCAUCACCGCAGCUGUUGUCAAGCACGCAGCCACAUUACAGACUGAGCCUCAGAGACGUGCCUUUUGUUGCUGGAACGUCCAUAGGCGGCAGCCACUCAGUCAGAGCAAAUGUCCAGUCAGUUUUGUCUCUUCUGAAGCAGCACCAGCCACAACUCUGCAACAGCCAUGUGCUCUCUGACCAUGCAAGCAGCUACAGGACUGUUGGCCACACGUGUUCAGAGAGUUCCUCCUCUUCCUCUUCCACUAGUGGAGAGGAGCUGUCAGAGUUGAUGCAAGCACUACACAAGGAGCUGCGACUCAUGAGCCUGGAGCAUGAAGAAUUAAUGAGGCAGAUGAGGGAGAGUGUGUCUCAGCAGGAAAGAAGGGAACUUCAGAGGGAGCAGGAGAGUUUGCUGCUCAAAAUGGAGAGGAAGGGAGAUCAGAUUAGUAAGCUCUACAAACAUAAAAAACAUAUAAAGAAGCUAAGAAAGGAGGCCAAUUUAAGGCAUAACUAUCGGAGUGAAGUUAAAAUGGGUACUGCGGUGCCCACAAGAGGGCGCUCCGCUGCAGCAGUCAAACUUAAACCAGGAGACAGAAGCAAGAGGAAUCUGGAGCUGCUGAGGGACAUGAAGGCUUUGAAGAACUCAUUACAGAGCUGAAACCCACCAGGACACAAACUCAUCCCAACGGUUUAGUCUUGUUGGUGCUAUCUUUCUACACGUGAACAUUAUUUCACCAUCAGUACAACCAUUGACUGAAAACCACCAGUUGAACAUGACAAAGGAACUAACAUGUGGACUGUUUGACUUGUGAUUUCUUGAGAAAAAUCUUAUUUUAACAAACUGGGAAAACGACAGUGUCUUUGUUGUCUUUAGUAGUCCAAUCUAAUCGUGUCAUGGCAGGAUCAUUUAUACUUUAAACAGACAUUUUUGUUCAAGAUCUGGAUAUGAAUUCAGGAUUUUUUUGACCCUCUCUGAGUGCUUUCUCUAGUUUUGCUUUCUGUAUAACUGAUUGUUCCCUCAGUGCUGGAAAAUAUGUGUUCAUUUCUCUGUUUGUAUAGACACCCACUUUUACUGCCAUGGACAACCUGGUCUUGGGAACCACCAGGAAGUGCUAAAACAUCUCUGGGUUGCUUGAUAGUUACACAUUCUCACAUUGUAUUAACAUUUACAAAGUGGUUGCAUCAACUGUCAGUAGUAGGAAGAACUGGCAGUGAAAGUGGAAUAUAUUACUAUAAUUGGAAUGGCCUUAAAAUAACAGUUACAUGGCAGACGAUAUCGGUGCAUACUUGGAAAUAUUCCUACAAUCAUGUGCUUUUUUGAAAUGAAAAUGUGUUUGUUGGGAAAUAAAAAUUGUAUUGCUUGCAUAUCCCUAGAAUCUA